GAUGUUGAUGAGUGUCUAACCCCAGAUGUCUGUGGAGCCAAUGCUGUUUGUAAUAACACCAGUGGAUCUUACAGAUGUGAAUGUGCAACCGGAUUUGUUGCUGGCUCUGAUACAGUGGACCCACAAAAUCCAGUUUGUGUCGGUAAGAACGAAACAUUCCAGAAAAUUUUCACCAGUAAAUUCAAGAAGCCGUCUACAUUUGCAUAAACUUUGGGCCAGCUAUAUACCGAGAGGUUUAAAUUGGAAGUCAAUCUAAAAUUUUCCGUCUUGAUGGGCUGUUGAUGCAUGAUUUAUAUUAUUAGUUUUUUGUUCGCGAUUUCUUUGAGGUUCUUAAUCAGUGUUGUUCACGCAAAUCAGCUGGCAAAUGUAAAGGCAGUGUUCUUAAAAUUGCGUGAACAAAUCUGUAAUCUGGAGUUUUUACAAAUUUUAUUGGAUCAGUAUUUUAACACAUUUCAGCAGUCGUUUUGCCCUACCCAGGGACGAGGAUUCUCUACCUUGGUAUACAAAAACUCUACAGUAGCUUGUUAUUCUCUGUGUUUUUCUUGUUUGUAAAUCUCUGCAGAUGUCGAUGAAUGCCUGUCUCAAAAUGCUUGUGGAGCCAAUUAUACCUGUAACAACACCGUUGGAUCAUACAGAUGUGAAUGUUCAAAUGGAUAUGUUGCUGGCUGCAUUCCGCAGUAUACAGGUUUGUUGUCCUUAGUAAAAGAACCGGUCUUAGAUUUAGGACGAAACCUGGUUCACGGCUGUAACUAAUCAACUCAGUCAAGAAGAUGAUAAAAACGUAAUAAAUAUAGGAAUUCAUCAUGCUCUUUUCCUCACUAUAAUGCUAAAUUUUCGUCUUUGGUAAUCAUGGAACGGAAAACUAUAUGUUUUCAAAAUAACCUCCUCGGAUAUCGCACCAAUUGUCUCCAUCCUAUUUUUUCCCCUUUUUAUUUAUAUCCAGGUACGUCUCAGAAAAUUGCCUUAUUUGAAUACCUUUCUUUUAACUUACCGCACAAGAUAGACUUCAUUUAAACUUGCGCUGUUCGACUAUGAGUCGAACAGCAGGGGGUCUCCCUUUUUUUUUUACCUAAAUGAAGAUAUGCGGCUGAACAAGGCAUUGUUUUGUGGAUGUUGAUUCUUAAUUAGGGUAAACAAUUAAACAAGGUGCAUUUCUUUCUGGACCAGAGGCCUUGGGAGGGUAGUGAACGUUGGCGAUGAGUGGUUCACAUUUGUGGCACCAACAACUUUUUCUUAAGAAAAAUAGGCUUAAUAGAAAGUUCCGUGUUAGUUUUAAAAAACGUAAUUUUGUAUGCGAAAUGAAGUGAACGAGAAUUAUGAAAAAUGGUCUUUUGACGUACAUGUAUACAGGGUAGCGAAAUAAAUGGUUCUUGUCUGAGGGCCUCAGCAGCACACCCCUGCCCAAGUCGUACCGCUUUCCAGAUUCGCUUGAGCGAUGGAAUGAUAACUUGCUUGAUUGUCAAAGUCACGGUUAACGGAGUCCCCUUUGGAGGGAAGGGAUGCCCUUAGCACAUAUGUCACCGAUGUGCACUGUGCACGUGCAUUAUCGUUCCCUAGCAUCUCCUUGUCAGUACUGAUGGAGGGUUGUUAAGAAUUGCUUCCAGACAGAGGCUUAUGUUCACUUUAGCACAAGGCAUAAGGCUUGCUCUCCUUUUGCAAACUAUAAUAUCCCAAAAUUGUUUCUAGUUUCCUUACAGCAGACAUUUAUCACGAGUCUAUGUACAUUUUUACUUAAACAUAGCUGAAGUAAUGUGACACGAUGUUGUCCCGCGUGGUUGGACUGCUUGCCCUGCAAAAUGCAAAAGUAAAGCUCUUUUAUGCCGCCCAUCAGUUACUGUUGCUUGUGUAGUAAAACUAGAAUUCAGCUCCAGUUUUGUCACGCGCCUUGUCAGUGGGGCUGAUUGCUCACCAACACGAUCACAGGGAGCAUUAAUUCGUGGUCAUUGGUAAACUGCUUAGGAUUAUUGUCUCCUUAUAGUCAAUCAACGCUCGUCUCAGAAGUGGCAAACGCAAGUAAUUUUAAAUACACUAGAAAGAUGGUGUCUAUUUAAAAAAGAAAAACACACACAGCACAUAUUGGUCAUGCCCAAAUACGGGAGUACCUGGAAAUGGCGUUCACUACAGUCCAGACUAUACAGUCGGAGAAGAGAAUGUAAAUCAUAUGACAGAUCAAUUCUUCCUUUUAUGUGCAAUUUUGUUUCUUAACUUUUGUAGAUUUAGAUGAAUGCCAGUCCCCAGAUACUUGUGGAGCCAAUCAUGUCUGUAAUAACACCGUUGGAUCAUACAAGUGUGAAUGUCCAAUCGGAUUUGUUGCUGAUUCUGGUGCACAGGACCCACUGAAUCCAGUUUGUAUCGGUAAGAAGUAAAGUGGUCUAGAAGGAAAGGUAAAGUUUUCUAGUCAAGUCCAAGAAAAACUUGCAAAGAAACUCAAUCAGAAAAUGUGUUCUAGCGGAACCUGUUUAUAUGAUCACCCUCAGCAGCUCCUGAACUCUCCAGUCCACUGUAUUCGCAGGCUAAAACUUCUCCUCUCCUUUCUCACAAGCGAAUAUUCCGGAACCUUUCGAUCAAUAUGAAUUUGUUCAAGUUUCUUUUUUCCAUGCAUUAAUUCUACAACAAAUCAAAAAUUGCCCAGAGUAGCGUGGUCGUAUACCCUGAAAUUAUCUACAUGUAAACCUUAUCAGAAGUCUGAAGUCUGAACAGUUUGCAUGUGAUCUGAUCUGAAGCUUCUUGAAGGUACCAGGUCAUCUUACUUGGUCUACCCGGGCGAGUGAUACUAACUAGACUCAAUCCCGGAUUUAAAACCGAUCUAAAGUCUGGAGUGCCGCAUUGGCUUCAGUGGUUGUUAAUUAGAACGUCAUACCGUACUGCAGUUUUGCUUUGGGGAUGAUUUUGGAAAGAUUUAAGGUCUCGGAAAAUGAAAAUUUUAGUACAUUGCUCGAUUUUGUUUUUUUUGGAUUUUUGGCAUGAGUGGGUCCUAAAUUUUAUUUUGGCAGAAAAAGAAAAUCAGAAAGUGCUUUUUAACCGUUCUAAAAUGAGCCUUUUCUGCGCUAACCAGCCAAGCGUGGAACUCGCGCUAAAUCUUUAGAGCUGAUUUUCUCUCACUCUAUUUUAGACGCAAAAAUCAAAAUUCUCCGACCUCCAGUCGGGACAGGUUUUAAGCUAUCGCUUUGAAACUUUCAGAUAUGAUGGAUAAUGAUAUAGACUCAAAAAGGGUGUGAGGAAUUUUCCGAUUUCCCUUUGUAACUCAUUUUAUGUCAGUUUCUUUGUCCGGGCGUAAAUCGCGCUCGAGAUUCGACUUUUUAGUUUGAAAUGCAAUAAUUCCGCUAAUACGAGACAUAUGCAAAUUUCCUCACACCCUUUUUUAGGUCUUUUAUCUGUCAAUCAGACGCAAUAAAAAGGAAGUGAAUAUUUAACAACGCGAAAGGGCUGGAGCUUCAGCAGUAAACUCGAUACCUCUGAGUUCGAGAGCAAAAAACUUAAGCGCCUUUUGAAAUUCGAUAAAAUAAAAUCUUUUAUAAGGUAAUUUAGUCUUUUAGCUUUAAUUUGAUAUAUAACUUGCCUUUGUAGCGAAAAUACUCGCGCGACUAGAAUUUUUUUCUGUGGGCACCUCGUUUUCCUUUACCGAGACCUUAAAAUUCAGUAUGUUGUGGUUGAGUGUGAUAUAUGUCGAAUUACAAUUUUAUUACUCUGCCCCAGUGAAUAUGCAGCAGCUUUUUUGCGACUUAUGCAGACUUUGACGGGCCCCGCUUCACGGACACCCGCUUGAUUCGAACACCUUAUUUAUUACGGACACUUUGCUUUUUCCCUAGGGAAAAAAGCCCUUUCAUUUUCUCUCAACAGGCCAUUUCCGAGUUCCCCCCGAGCCUCUGUAUCAAAACGAGGUUAAGUGCCCAGCCUUUGAUAUGGAAAUGACUUUUCAUUCUCAUGCAAAUAAAACUCAUUUUCACAAGGUCGUGCACUUGGCCUCAUUUUGAAAGUGAGGGUUUUUGGAACUCGGAAGUGGCCUAUUCAACCCGCUUAACCCUUUAAGUCCCAGUAGUGACCAAGAUCAAUUUUCACCUAACAAAAUCCAUACACUGUCAAGAGAUAAGUUAUGAGAAUUAAUAAAAUGAUCACCCGAGAGAAAUGCCUUGAUCUAUCAUCAAAUUCUCUCAACUAAUUCUUUAAGGAAAUGUAUGGAGAUUAGUUGGAGAAUUUGUAUGUGGAUUCUGGGGCUUAAAGGGUUAAUAUAUACGGACACUUUCUGUGGCCCCCUCAGUGUCCGUAUUAACGGGUUGUGACUGUAUCUCUGCAGAUAUUGAUGAGUGCCAGUCUCCAGAUGCUUGUGGAGCCACUUCUGUCUGUAAUAACACCAUUGGAUCAUACAGAUGUGAAUGUUUGACUGGAUUUGUUACAGACUGCGGCCUCCAGAACCCAAUUAAUGUAGUUUGUACCGGUGAGAAGUAAAUAUAAACCCGUUCAGUAAUUGCAUGGAUUGUUUGCGAUUUAUAUCGAUCUUAUUAGAGCUACACUGUUAGCAGAAACAUGCCAGAAGUAUGAUAAAUGAGUUAAAAAUUAGACGUGUUCAUUGAAUUUGUGAGGAUGAAGAUUGAUGUUCUAGAUUUAAUAAAGCGUUUUCACUCACGUCACCCACAGCCAUGCAAAUUUAUAGGCACAAAGGAAAGUUUUUACAUAAAGAAGGGUUAAUUAACUCCUACAGAAUUGGUUUUAUUGGGAAUGACCAACAUGACUGCGGUGGCAUUUUGGGGAACCAACACGGCGGACGUGACGUCAUGUGAAAACGCUCCAUAGGGUUUCCAUCUUGCCCUGAUGAAGGGAGAGGCUACUUUUAAUUCUACUUCUACUCAUUUACUCUUUAACGCUUUGGCAUCGAAAAGAGCUUAAUAAAAAUAAAAACAUUUUAAAACAUGUUGUUGGCAGCUGUAAUGAAUGCGGCCUCUCCUUGCAUGAAGGCGACACACUAGAACGUAAGUCGGUGAUAUCUUGAUGCAUCAGUUUAAUUCUCUAUUCCCAGCCGAAGGAUGCGCCUUUUUUAGUACUUGACCGUUGUCGGGUUGUUUAUUACUCUCUAUACCAUAUGUGGAAAUUUCUUUGUACCUUUGAUUCGUAGAUCUAGAUGAAUGCCAGUCCCCAGAUGCCUGUGGACCCAAUCAUGUUUGUAAUAACACGGUUGGCUCGUACAGAUGUGAAUGUCCAAUCGGAUUUGUUGCUGAUUCUGGUGCACAGGACCCACUGAAUCCAGUCUGUGUCGGUAAGAAGUAAAGUGAUCGAGGAAAGCUACCUUUUCUCAAAUAAAGACCAAGAAAAAAAAUGCAAGGAAGCUUCAGAAAGUGUAAUUCCUUUGAUGUAGUUUGUGGUGACACCAGAGAGUUCUAAAGAGUGAAAACGAUGUUGAAAGUGGCAGCAAAUAAACAGGACAUAGCGGCUCUGAAUGAAACCAAACUGACUCACUGGAAAUUGAAAAAUACUUCAAACAUUGAGAGAAUUCACGUUUGCUUACUACAAAAGUGUUGAUUAUUUUUCCCACUUUUUUUCGCAUGAUAACUAGAAAAAGUGUGAUAAAAAGAUCCAUUGUAAGGGAAACACGCGUAAAACUAGCCUGUUCCAAGCGUUCAGAUAGUGGAGAGCGGUGCGAAGUAAACAUAGCGAUGAAAAGGAGAGGGGGACUGGGGAGAGAGGUGCGGGAACGCUUGUAAGAAUUUUUAACAAAAGUGCGUUCCGGUAUACCAGAUCCAGGUAUACCCUCUGAUUGGUUGAUUUUGACAGUUUUUGUCAACAGUGGAGCGUCUUCGAUCACAGCGAGAAAUGCGAUAUGGCGAUGAUGACAGACUCUACGUUCCGUCCAGAAUUCGAACUCGCAACAGAUGAGCCUAUUUAAAAUCUAAGAGGCGUUCCCUCUCCCCCACUCCCUCGCUUUUACUUUUUCGCGCUCCUUUUUUCUUCGCACCGCUCCCCACUAUCUGAACGCCUGGAACAGGCUAGCGGAAAACGUUUGUUAAAUGGUUUUGACUGAGCUAAUAAGUCAUGAAUAGGAGGUCGCAUGCUACUGAAAUUUGAAAAGCACAAUUGUGGUAUCUUAAAGUAGGUAAAAGCAACAACAACAGCAGCAAUAACAAAAACGCAUCCGGCAGUAACUACUUUUAUUUGUGUCAUUACUCCACCUGGAUAAGAAUUUUUAUGGAUAAUUUUCUUCUGCCAUUUCGUAGAUUUUGAUGAAUGCAAGUCCUCAUAUGCUUGUAGAGCAAAUUAUGUUUGUAAUAACACCGUCGGAUCAUACAGAUGUGAAUGUUCCACUGGAUUUGUUGCUACCUGCAGUACACAGGACUCGCUAAAUCCAGUUUGUGUUGGUAAGAGUAAAGCAGUCCAGUCAAUUAAGAAGUUAUUUUUUACAGAAACUAUCAGUGUGGCAUACAGCUCCCUAAACAAUAGCUUCUUCCUUCGUCACGCACAAUUUUCUUUGUAAUCUUUGUAGAUUUAGACGAAUGCCAGUCCCUAGAUGCUUGUGGAGCCAAUCAUGUAUGUAAUAACACCAUUGGCUCGUACAGGUGUGGAUGUCCAAUCGGACUUGUUGCUGAUUCUGGUGUACAGGACCCAGUGAAUCCAGUUUGUAUCGGUAAGAAAAUAAAAAAUAAUUUAAGGGAUGUAAGAAACGUUUUUUGACAAUUGACAGAUAAUUGAAGCGUUAACCGAGAAGACGCUGGGAAGAGUUUGAGCUGUUUUGGUAGUGAGUGCAAAAUGGCGCAACAUUUUACUCGUUUCAUGGCGAACUAUUGUCUAAAAACAUGGCAAGAACAGCAAGAAGCCAACUCGACGGACGACAUCUGCUAUUUGAAGUACAUUUGCAGACAUGAAAAGCCCUUUAUCUCCUAAGUUUCCUGAAAAACAUGCACUAUCGAGAUGAACUUAACAUCGACGGAGGUAAGCAUGCUUAAGCUUGCUUUUAAACUAGGACUUAUUUUGAAUGAAUAAUUCAUCCAUUUAUCCAUAAUUCUUCAGAUGAUACUCAGCCUCAUUCAAUAAUUGCUAAAUAUCAACUCAAUGGUGAUCCAAGAGUGAUAUAUCAAACUCUCUUUUCAUUUCUCCUUCCUGGACCGUCCUGUUAAAUCUCGGUCGGAGACCUUAGGUUUGAGGACUAGGUAGACUACGACUCGAUUAUUCUUAUUGAAGGUGGCUAAGCCCUCUACGGAUUAAAAAAAAGAUAAAAGUGCUAACCGUUGACAACCUGUUUCCGCCACUAUGAAUUCUCUUCAAAACAAGUAAAAGUAGCAUGACAACAACUUUCAUGUUUUCCCGCCAAAAUGACGCUGAUUGACGCGCGCGAACUCAGUACUUUGUAUUGAGAAAAUCUCGUCCUCGGAUUCGUCUUCGUCUUAGAAACUAAAGCUCUCUACUGCGAACUACCCAAAGACGAUUCUCAUUCAGUCAAAUGCCUGUAAUCUAUCUUUUCCUGGACACCGAGUGGCCCCCGCAAUGCUGUUCGCAUACCGGGGCGUCCAACUAAUAACAUGCUGAACAUGGUGGUCCGCUAGGCAAGAAUUGCUUGGACUGAUCACGGGUUACGUGUUUUGGGCUUUAUGAACAAUGUUGUACAUUUGCAGAUAUUGAUGAAUGCCUGUCCUCUGAUGCUUGUGGAGCCAAUUCUGUCUGUAAUAACACCGUCGGAUCAUACAGAUGUGAAUGUUCAACUGGAUUUGUUGCUCACUGCGGUUCACAGAACCCACUAAAUCCAGUUUGUGUUGGUAAGAAGAAAAAUUGAGGAGUAAAAAAAAAUUGAGUUAAUGAACUGUUAUUACUCGUACCCGCAUAGUCGAAAACAGGGUUGGCUUUGUUUCUUAAGUGCUCUCACUAAUUCUUCCCUCUCUAAGCUAUGCAGCAUUAUGAUGUGAUCCACAUUUGUCCGAGGCGUGACAUAGUAACUUUUUGGCGGGGGGGUGGGGGGCGGUGGGGGGCAUAGAUUGUUUAAUUCUUGACUGCCCUCCAAUCCCUAAAAGUAUAGUACAGUCAAACCCCGCUCUACGGACACCCGCUCAAUACGGACACCUCAUUAUUAUGGACACCCACUAAUAUGGACACCUCAUCUUAUUACAGACAGUUUGCUUUGUCCCUGAGAAUAAAGCUCUUACCUUUUCUCUAAAUUCAACCCGCUUAAUACGGACUCCGGCUUCACUAAAUACGAACACUUUCUAUAACCCCUCAAUGUUGGUGUUACCAGGUUUCAGUGAAUGUGCUUCAAAAAAAUUUAGAAAUUAAAGAAAUAGAUAAAAAAAGCGUGACAUAGUAACGUUAUUCUCAGUUUAUUCUCUAUGUUAAAUUUUGGUUAAUUUGUAAGACGCUCUGCCGAUACGAAGAAUUAGUAAAAGCUUUCCUCCAUUUUCAUGUAGAAUUUCUUUGUAACGGUCGUAGAUUCAGACGAAUGCCAAGCUUCAGAUGCUUGUGGAGCCAAUCAAGUUUGCAAUAACACAGUUGGCUCGUACAGGUGUGAAUGUUUAAACGGAUUUGUUGCUGAUUCUGGUGCACAGGACCCGCUGAGUCCAGUUUGUAUUGGUAAGAAGUAGAGUAUAAUCUAAGGAUAUAAAAUUAUCCUAGACUGCAGACAAUUGUUGUUUUUUUGAAAUGUCGAAAGUUAUACAGUAUAAAGUAAACUUGUCCAUACUUCCAAGGAACUUAAAGUACUUGCAAUACACUAUAAACUUUAGAUAGGUAGCCAGCGUCGCAGACAUAACAAGUUUACGGGUUACCCAGGUUAGUAACCAGAGUUUGGUUUCGUCUCUUGGUUUCGUCUGUGACGCAGGCUGGACUUUUGGUCAAUCACAGGGAACCUGGACUCCGUAUUAACUAUAUCAUAAACCGUUGUAAUUUAUACCUGUGUUCUUGAGCCGUCGUUUUGGAAGGGAUUUGAAUUACAACGAAGACAGUUACGUCUCAAGUUUCCAGUUAUUAUUAAAUGUUAACUUUCUUUUAAAUUGAAACCCGACUUUGUCUCCUCAGUUAACAAUAAUAAUAAUGAUAAUGGAAACUUGAGACGUAACUCUCGCUCGCUCGACAAGAUUGAACAUUUCAUCAGUGAACCCAGCAAGGUAAACCGUCUUCAAUUUGACUCAAAACCACUCAUAAAGACUCAGGAACACAGGUAAAUACACAGCGUUCGGGUUCCCCGUUGUCAAAUGCUCUUUCCGGUAAUCUUUGGACAAAGCUGUUAACUUACAUUAACAAACAUUAACGUUGCAGCAAACGAAUCGAGAACGAACCUUGAUGUAAAAUUACAAUAAUUUGUGCUUAAUUUCCUGCCCUCUGUGGCCGUUAAGCAAGAUAUUCUGUGGUACCCGCAGAAAAGUACCGCAAAAUGACCUUUGUAAAUUGUAACCUUUGCAGAUUUUGAUGAAUGCUUGUCCCCAGAUGCUUGUGGGAAUAAUUAUGUCUGUAACAACACCGUCGGAUCAUACAGAUGUGAAUGUUCAACUGGAUUUGUUUUCAAUUGCAGUACACAGAACCAUCUAAAUCCAGUUUGCAUCGGUAAGAAGUAGAGUGAUGCAAAACAGUAAAGGGGUUAAUUAAUAAAGUCAUUAUAAUUUUACGUCGCUGUGGGAGGGAAAAUUAGCCAUCGUAAAGAGAUUCAAAAGGCAGCAAAAGCUUCCAUUCACCGUGCCACCCGGGGCUGGGGAGGGAACUCGACAAAGUUUUAUACAGGGAGCUCCGCCACGAGGUCCAACCGACAGAAAAGUGUCCCCUUUCGUAUACCUUCAAAUUGACAAGUGGUACCCCAUUCACAUACCUCGUUUAAAACUUUACAUCCCUUUUUAGUGCUGUAAAUGCACAGACCUUUAAACAUGAAAAAAUCUCGAAACCAGAAAACUUUCUCGACUUUUUGACGGUCAUAAAUCAUUCUGUAGCCCUUUUAGGUCAUAGUAAAGACCAGAAUGACAGAUUUCUCUACCCUUCCAUAUUCUUCAAUUAGUGACAUCCCUACCCUCUCAUAUAUCUGAAGCCUGAAGAAGCCGGG